UUGUGCUGCCUGCCAACCAUUGCCACCAAGUGGAGGAACCCCGUUCCUCUUACCCCUCCUAGAGAAACUUCAGCUCAGUCACCGUUCUUUUCUUGUGCCGAAACUUGCGCGCGCAUACAGAACUCUUCUUUGUUGUCUUGUCUGUUGGUGUGGGUGGGCUGUCGUGGCAGGACCGGAGUCGGUGUGCUGGACUGCUUCUCGCCGUAUCGACAACACGUGUGGACUACACUUAGUGCUGUAUGUGUUGGUGCCAUUGUGAUCAGGUGAUGUUGCUUAGUGUCGUGCAAGGUGUUCUGUUACGUGCUAGUUACACCAAGACGCCUCUCUUUAAAGUAAAACACAUCGGUGUCUGGUUUUAUUGUUAGUAAACAGACACGAAGUGUUAUGGUGUCACUAUAAGAAGCACGGAAUGUGUUACUGAAAGCAGUGCAAGAAUUACCUUGCCUGAACACCUACGGAAGUCCUGACUGUCGUGCCCAGCGGCUCUCAGCAUCAUACUGUAUGAUCCCAGCCCCCGCACCAUGUUUAACAGCUCGCAGUAAGAGUGUAACGCCGCCAUGGAGCAGUCGUCAUGUAGCUCCAGGCAACUUCAUCUGUGCUGAUGUGGCUGGUUGUGGCUUGUCGCUCCAAACAAGAGAAGAGUCCAGAAUACAAGGACAUAUUGCAGAUGGCAACUAUGACAAGAAGUGGACAGCAACCGCCCCCAGCGCCACCCCUGCGCCAUUCCGCCUCUUUCUCUUGUUUGUCCCGUGGUACAACCCGCGAACGACCACAUCGCGCGAGGACAGCGACUCUACCAACGGCCUGUGCUGAUACUGAUUAUGGAUUUGUGGUUCGCCCCAGGGGGUGCAGGGGUCCUGCUGCCUCCGUGGCCAUGCGACUCAGUGUCAAGUACGGAAACACUUCCGUCAUGGUCCUCGAGGAAGAGGCAGAGCACGAGGAUGCGAUUGUGGGAAGAUCAAGGAUGGGAACAAAGAAAGAGAACCCGACGUCUCUGCGAGGUGUUCUGAUGAAGAAAAGCGCAAGUCUUCUGAGUCCUCAAGCGUGGUGGCCCCCCAGAUCGCGUCGUGCCAGAGCCAGUAAAGAGGAACUAGAAAACUCCGUCUUGGAAACGCCACCAUGUGACGUGGGGCCACAGCGAAGGUGGCGCAGUUUGGGAGCCCUGAUGAGGAUUCCACCAGCAUCUCUUCCGCAGUCCCACCACCACCAUCACCAUCCACAGCAGUCUCAGCCUGCAUCUUCUUCCACACGUGCUCAGUCCUUUUAUCUCCUGGACGACUUUCUGCGGCCUCAGCAGAACAGCUGCUCCAAACCACAACAGCAGCAACAGCAGCAGCAGCAGCAGCAACAACAGCGCUAUCUGCCCGAGUUCAGGGAGGCGAGGCUUAUCUUCAGCGGUAACACCAAUGCCAAUGCAACUCGUGUGGAGGUUCAUCAGCAGUACAGCGGUGGGGCUAAUACCAGUUCCUCAGACUCUCUGGAACUGUCGUCUCCAGUUCCGCCUCCAGUUCCUCCGCCACCGCCGCCCUUGAGGUUGCUCGGGUACCGUGACUGUGGCUGCAGGCAGUGUCGGCGGGACAGACAGCUGCUAGCGCCUUCAGUGUCGGAGGACCGACUCCAUCGCUUCGACACGAGUCCGGGGGCGCUGCACCACAAGGACGUGCUUGCCAAAUACAACGGCAGCGGCAGUACCAGCAGCAGCAGUGGAAGUAGUACGGCCGCCAAGACGUCCCAAGCCAAGACGCAGCUGACGUCACGAAAUGGGCUACCAGGCAAGAACAAUAGCAGCCUUCUAUCAGAGAGUCAGAAGUUGCCGGCUUUGGGUAGCACCGGUCACCUUAAAAGCGUGUCUGUAUCCGCUUCACGGUUAAAUCAUCAUCAACAGCAGCAUCAGGAUUCAUCAAGAUCUAGCUCAACAGCUGCUCCCACACCAGUGUCUGCAUGCUUCCCAGUGCUCAAUAACAAUAACACCAAUACGAGCAACAAUAACAAUAAUGUUCUGGACAGUAGCCCAUCUUUGCAACGACUCGAUCCGCACGGACGUCGACUACCACUUACACCUGCUGAGGCACUGAAGUACUAUGGCAGCAGACUCACAGAAUAUGAAAGAAUUGAAGUGGAAGUGUACCCAGAAAUCUGGUAUUUGGGCCUUGAUGCAUGCAAAAUCCACGGAGAUCCACAUAAUGGUGAAUUUGAUGAUGAUAAUGGCAGCUAUAAUAAGGUCCUCCAUGACCACAUAUCAUAUCGGUAUGAAAUCCUUGAGGUAAUAGGGAAAGGCAGCUUUGGCCAGGUCAUCCGUGCAUUAGAUCAUAAAACCAAUCAGCAUAUAGCCAUUAAGAUUAUUAGGAAUAAGAAGAGAUUUCAUCAUCAAGCACUUAUUGAAGUCAGGAUCUUGGACCAUCUUCGCAAGAAGGAUAAAGAUGGCUCUCAUAAUAUCAUUCACAUGUUAGGAUACUUCUACUUCAGAAAUCAUCUCUGCAUAAGCUUUGAGCUCAUGAGCCUAAACCUGUAUGAGCUGAUAAAGAAGAACAAUUACCAGGGCUUUAGUCUGAGCUUAAUUCGACGGUUUGCCCACUCUCUAGUGCAAUGCCUCAAAUUACUGCACCGGGAAAACAUUAUUCACUGUGAUCUCAAACCUGAAAAUGUACUCUUGAAACAACGAGGUAGCAGUUCUAUCAAAGUCAUUGACUUUGGCAGUUCAUGUUACUCUCACCAGAGGAUGUACACAUACAUCCAGUCUCGGUUCUAUCGAUCUCCAGAAGUCAUACUUGGUCUACCAUAUGGGACUGCAAUUGAUAUGUGGAGUCUUGGAUGCAUUCUGGCUGAGCUCUACACAGGUUACCCUUUAUUUCCGGGAGAGAAUGAGGUGGAGCAGCUGGCUUGCAUCAUGGAAGUCCUUGGAGCUCCACCUGAGGAUGUCAUUAUGAAUGCCUCAAGAAGAAGGCUCUUCUUUGAUUCUAAAGACAACCCUAGGUGUAUUACUAAUAGUAAAGGUAGGAAGAGAAAACCCGGAUCCAAAGACUUAGGCACCACAGUACGAUGCAAUGAUACACUGUUUGUGGACUUCAUAUCGAAAUGCCUGGAGUGGGAUGCUAAGAAACGCCUCACCCCUGAAGACGCUUUGCACCAUGAAUGGCUUCAAUCAUCUUCCUCAACACAGCAGCAAGAGCUGAGGCGGUCUCCAUCAGAAGUGGCCAGUAGUCACCAGCAACCACAGCAGCAGCCUCGGCGAGUACCUGAAGGAGAGUCCUCAGCUGCAACCCAGCAGCAAUACUCACUUUAUCGGCUGUACAGAGGCAAGAAGUGUGCAUCCAAACUACUCUCUGCAAAUGAUACCCAUCAAACAGAGUCAGGUGAAGGUGCUUCUACCAAUGGGACUGCCAGGGCCAAGUUAAAUGAAGUUGGAAGCAGUCGUACGAAUGCAGCUCUUGGUGAAUUGUUAGCCACACUUGACCCCAACCUUGAUGAUUCAGGGACGUUCCUACCUCCAAUUCUGUGAAUCAAGAGAACGACCUAGUCUGGUCUACUACUGUGUACUCAGAACAUGGCCUAAUUUGGUCAUCUCCAUACAACGGUAAGAGUGAACCAAUUUUUUGGCCAAUAAAAGCUACUGUAAACCAAAAGUGUGUCCUAGCCCAGUCAAUUGUGAUACAAGACUCUAGCCAGUGUGUUGGUAUAAACUUUAUUUUUGUGCCUCCUACUUUUUUAAGUUCAUGGUAUGAUUUUAACCUUAUCUUGUGUGAUACUCAUUGAGUCUUUCAUAAGGCCAAUAUAUUAGUAUUUUAUUAUACCUUUUGUAACUCUAUAAUCUGUAACAAGAUCAUGACCUAACUUAGCCUAAUAACAUAUGGAGCAAUGCAAAUACAGUGCUUUGCUUCUUAUAUUUUUCUCUCGUCCAGGAGACAAGCCUGACCUCGAAUAUUAAGUUACUCAUUUUGGUGCAUUUCAUCAGUGUCUCCAUACUUCCAGUCAUAUAUUCAUAACAGAUCAGUACUUAAGUAUAUCUCAUUUUUGUAGGUGUUUUUUGACUGAAUACUCAGAACUUGAGAAAUUAUGAUUGUAUCUGUACAAACAUAUGAUACUCAAGUUUAAAGGCCUAUAUAAUUAUGUAUAUCACCAUUAUUAACCUUCCUGGACCAAUAACGCAGCACAUGAUACUGUCUCAAGUGUCACCAUGGAUAAUAAAAUGAAACCAGUUUGAUCUAUGUCGUACAUAAAAUGACUAAUCAAUGUGUGUUAAACUGAUUGAAGUGAAACAAUACAAUUAAAUUUUGCUUUUUGCAUCCAGAGAAAUGAACAUGUCUUCAAUCAGAAUAUAGCUACAUCUGUGUAUAUUCUGGUACCAAUUCAUUCUGAUGUUUAUUUUCUUCCCUUAGUGCAGUAUAGUCCACAAUGUACAACUAUGGUCUGGUUCCAAAUAUGACAGGAAAAAUAGACAGAAUUAUACACUUUAGAAAGAUUCACGCUCUGUUUUAGGACCGUUUCCUAACAAUUUUACUCCACAUUAUGACAUUAUUAAUAUUCAACCAGAAAAUCUAGUAAACCACCAAGGAGAUUGAGUGCACAAAAAGUGUAGAAAACUGACGUGCAAUUCCUUUUGUGACAUCUAUGAGAAAGAAUAUGUAAAUAAUUUCAAUGAUAUUCAGGAAAGUGAAAUAAGGUACAUUAAUAUGGCAAAACCUACAACGAGCUAGUGUCAUCAGUUAUCAUCAUCUUCAUUAAUUACUGAAACACAGUCAUCUAGACAAUCACUUUCAGAGAUAUUUCAUAGAAAUUUAAUCAAGCAUUAGAAGUGUCAAACUAUAGUUUCAGUGAAACAAAAGUCAGAUUUUUAAUUUCUGUGUAACUUUUUGUAUCUUUAAUGUCAUCAUCAACAAAUGCUGGUGCAGAGGCAUGGAAACCAUAUUGAGUUUCUUCUCCAUAGUUAUAAUCAACAGGUUAUUAAACAAUCCUUACUGAAGCUACAGACAUGAUGGUAUCUUUAUCAGAUAUAUAAAAUUAUCCACAAACUUCAUUUGCCAAAUCUGGAAGUUGUUCAUGCUUGUAGUUCAAAUCAUAGAAGAGUUUAGAGGUGUUUUUUUAUUGCUGUCAUAUUUUUCAUGACAUAAUGAAUGCCAAAUUUUGUGUCAAUUUUUCUCAGUUCUGUAUAUGGGUAUAUAUAUAAACAACAGAAUGUUGCAACCUCAAAAGGUCUCUCUAAAUCCUAUACCAUAAUGACAUGUUUAAUAUUAUCAGCAGUUAGUGACUUUUGAUUCUAGUAGAUAUUGUUAAUCUAGUCAUCUGAUAAUUAAAUAAUUUCAAAUGUACUGAAUUCUAUGUGUUUCAUGUUAUUUAUCUUAUUAUGAAUUUGCAUUUUCAAUUACUGUGGAGAUGAUAUAUGUAAUAAAUGGCAAAACUUACAUGUUGCUAUCAACUUAGAUACUGAACUAAUGUGUUCAGAUUUAAAUGCCUGCAAUGAAACCUGAUAUGUGGAGGAUGAAUCCAAUAUGGUAUCUGUGGGACAUCAUUAUAAGACAUUAUGCCACAUAUCCUUUAGUACAUUAACUUUUUCUUGCUAGUGACUCUGAAGAAUGUGGUGAAACUUGAGAGUAUUGAGACAUAAUUAUCCUCCAGAUAGAUAACCACUACUCUGUUUUAGCUACAUGUUAUGUAAGUUUACCAAUAGUCUGUGUUUUUCCUACCUGCCAAAUGACAUGGAUGGAUUUGUGACAAUAUUACCAGCAAAAUAACUCACAUUAUAAUCCAACAAAUACUUAAUGAGACUCUGGAAUGAAUGUAACAUUGCACGAAUGUUUAAUAACUGGUAAAUGAAUUACUGAAUUUUCUUAUUCUUUUACCUUUUUUGUCAUCUAGGCACUGUUUUUACCAUCCUGGCCAGGAUGUGAACCUGGGACCAUAUAAUCUAGCUGAGUCUCAAUUACAUCAACUAAGAUAUUUAUGGCAGGCCACAUUAUAUAUCUUAUGUCUUAUAACUUUGAAUUAAAUAAAAAAGAAAGUGAAAUUUACUAUGUAAAUAAAUAAAACCUUAA